UGACACAGUGGGCGGAACUUUGUAGUUUAUUUACUCCAAGUGUAGUCGGUUGUGGUGUCGUGUUGUAACUUUCAUUUCAAUGGUGGACUUGUAAAUCCUGUCUGAGUGAACGGCUUGUUUGAGAAUGACGGAGGUGUGUAAAGAGGAGUGCAGCACUGCACUGGGUCCGGUGGAGAAAUGGAGCCUGCGGUCCGGUAGUGUGAGUGUGGAGAUCAUCUCUCUGGGCUGCGUGAUAAAGUCCAUCACGACACCAGAUCGCAGCGGCCAAAGUGCGGAUGUAGUGUUAGGAUACGAUGAUAUAGAAGGCUAUCUCUCAAACCCUCGCUACUUUGGAGCUGUGGUAGGCCGGGUUGCAAACCGCAUUGCCAAAGGCCGGUUUGUGGUAGAUAAGAAGGAAUAUAAACUGGCUAUAAACAAUGGACCCAAUGCUCUGCAUGGAGGACUAAAGGGCUUUGACAAGGCCGUGUGGACCACAGAGGCAGUGGAGAACGGAGUGAAGCUGAGUCACAGCAGUCCAGAUGGUGAUGAGGGUUAUCCUGGGAACUUAAACGCUUCUGUCACCUACAGGCUGGAGAAGAACACACUGAGUGUGCUGUACCAUGCACAGACUGACCAUACUACACCCAUCAACCUCACUAACCAUUCAUACUUCAACCUGGCUGGACAGGGGACAUCAGACAUUUAUGACCAUGAGGUGACCAUUUCAGCUGAGUCGUACCUGCCUGUGGAUGAUACAGUGAUCCCCACAGGGGAGGUGAAAUCUGUGGAGAAGACCCUGUUUGACCUGAGAAAGCCUGUCCUUCUUGGCUCUAGACUGAAAGAGCUUCCCGGUCCAGGCUUUGAUCACAACUUCUGUCUGUGUUCACCUGGUGAACCGCCACUGGAACGAAAAUGUGCACGAGUGGUGCAUCCUGGGACGGGCCGUGUCCUGGAGGUGAGCACUACACAGCCUGGGGUUCAGUUCUACACCUCCAACUUCCUGGAUGGGACAUUGAAAGGAAAGGGUGGAGCAGCUUACUCCAAACACAGUGCCUUCUGUUUAGAGACCCAGAACUGGCCAGAUGCUGUCAACCAGCCUCAUUUUCCUGAUGCGCUGCUGAGGCCUGGAGAGACAUUCUCGCACACAACACGCUUCACAUUCUCAGUGCUCUAAAAUGACAUCAACAUGUGAAUUUUACUUCUACAACCGUACACAACUGCACAUUUAUCCAGGCAGAAUGUUACAUGACCAACAUAAUGUGCUGCUUCUAAGACCAUGAAAUUGUAUUUCUACACUUGUCCAUAAUUUGCUUUAGUAGGAGACAUUCGUUCCCCAUACAAUAAAUCUUACACUAACAUGAUUAAUACUCUAUGUAAGCCCAUUUCCACCACUGAAUAAAAAAUUAAAAAAGGUAAUUGCUCUGAACUCUUUAAUCUCACUCUUUAAUUCUAACUUUUUUCUGGCAAUUGACUUUUUCUCAGAAUUGUAAAUUUAUAUCUUACAAUUCUGACUUUAUAACAUGUAAUUGUGAGUUAUUAAGUCAGAAUUGUGAGAUAUAAACAUGUAAUUUUGAGAAUAAUCAGUAUUUUCUCCCUUCAUAAUUGGACUUCAGUAUUGAAAUGACUUUCAAUAGCAGGUUCAUAGAUCACAAAUCUGUGUAAAAGUCAUAAUUGUAAAUAAAAAAGUCUGAAUUUUGUGCCAGGCUGGGUUUUUAUCUUGCAAUUCUGACUUUAAAACACACAAAUUGUAAGAAAGAAAUGUGAGAUAUAAACAUGCAAAGUUUGAGAAUUUGUUAGUUUUUUUUUCCCCCUCAGAAUUGUACUUCAUGACUCAAAAUUGUGACUUUAUAUCUCACAAAUCUGAGUAAAAGUCAUAAUUGUGAGUUUGUAUUACAUAAUUCUGAGAAAAAAAAGAAAGUCACAAUUGCGAGAAAAAAGUCUGAAUUUUUUGUUAUCAUCUUGCAAUUCUGACUUUAAAACAAAAAUUGUGAGUUAAAGAAAUGUGAGAUAUAAACUCCUAAUUCUGAGAAUGUUAGUCUUUUUUCCCCUCGGAAUUGGACUUCAUGACUCAAAAUUGCGACUUGAUAUCUCUGAUAUCUCUAUCUGAGUAAAAGUCAUAAUUGUGAGUUUGUAUUACAUAAUUCUGAGAAAAACAGCCACAAUUGUGAGAAAAAAGUCAGAAUUUUGAAUUAUCUUGUAAUUCUGACUUUAAAACACAAAUUGUGAGUUAAGAAAUGUGAGAUAUAAACUCGCAAUUCUGAGAAUGUUAGGUCUUUUUCCUCCUCAGAAUUGGACUUCAUGACUAUAUCUCACAAAUCUGAGUAAAAGUCAUAAUUGUGAGUUUGAAUCACACAAUUCUAAGAAAAAAAAAGUUCAGAAUUGUUAGAUAAAAAUGU